CUUUUUACAGGUAUUGGAUUGCUAUAGAUGCAGCUUUAUAGACGCAACAUGCCUUAUAUAGAUAGUAUUUGUUUCAAAACGAUUUGUAAUCCUAAUCCGUUUUAAAUCCUUUCAGUGUCUUAGCAGUCACAUGGGUGAGCAUAAUAGCUUAUUCUUCUGCAGUUUUGUAAAUAAACCAGACAUCAGCUUUGUCAGUGCACAGGGCAAUUUACACACACAACAAAACUCCACAAGUGCAUCUAGUUAUAAUGUAUAUUUCAAUGUCACAUUGGAGACUAUUUACUUUUAAGUCUGGUGAAUCUUCAUUUAAAAUAUUAAGGAGAUGCUAAUUAAGAACAUGGAUAGAAAAUGCUGCAUUUGAAGAUCGACAUCCAGUUGUUUUGUAAACUAAAGAGAUAGUUGCCAUCUUUGAUAGAAAACACCAUGGGAUGUGGAAGCUCCACUGAUUCCAGCAAAAGACAUUCCAUCCACAGGACAAAAAAAGCUUCCUCCAUCAAUCAAGGUUCAACACUUGCUCCAGCGGGAACAGCUUUCAAAUCGGCUGUUCUAAUUCAACGCUGGUACAGGCGCUACAUUGCUCAAAUGGAAGUCAGAAGAAGAUGCACCUGGAGUAUCUUCCAAUCCAUAGAGUACACUGGGGAGCAAGACCAAAUCAAACUUUAUGAUUUCUUUAACUUGCUCAUGGAUCACUUUACUCCUGACAACAAUAAAGAAAGGGAUUUCAUCUGCCGAAUAUUCACCGAGGAAGAGAACUUCAAAGACACUGAGCUGGAAAAAUACUGUGACUAUGAAUCAAUUGAGGUGCCGGAGUCAUACACGGGCCCCCAUCUCACCUUCCCUAUAAAACCUAGUAAUGCAGCAGCCUUAGUGGAAGCUUUCAAACAGAAUCAACAGCUUCAUGCUUGUUAUGUCUUACAUCUUCUGCACGAGACAAAGAAAUAUCUUAAGCAACUGCCAAAUAUCAAACGUAUUUCUACCAGCUAUGGCAAAGAAGUCACCAUAUGUGGGGAUUUACAUGGCAGAUUGGAUGAUCUGUUUUUGAUAUUUUACAAGAAUGGUCUGCCAUCUCCAGAGAAACCCUACAUCUUUAAUGGUGACUUCGUAGACAGAGGAAAACAAUCCAUUGAGAUCUUGAUGAUCCUCUUCGCAUUCCAGUUGGUUUACCCAAAAGUUGUUCAUUUGAACAGAGGUAACCAUGAAGACUACAUUGUCAAUCUAAGAUAUGGAUUCACAAAAGAAGUCAUGAAAAAAUAUAAGGUUCAUGGAAAGAAAAUCCUGAAAAUGUUGCAAAGUGUUUUCAGCUGGCUUCCACUAGCUACCCUGAUUGAUCAGAAGGUACUGGUUACACACGGAGGAGUAUCUGACACAACUGACUUAGAGCUACUGUCUAAAAUUGAAAGGCACAAGUUUGCAUCAACUUUGAGGCCCCAUAAAAAGAAAGAGAAGAAUAAAAAUAUAGGUAUACAGCCCAGUGAGGAAAAAUGUCCUAAUGGCAACAAGAGUCAUAAUUUAGUAGCCACGUGGCCUUCUCCAAGGAGUGGUUCCUUCUCAUACAGUCCAAGUCUGCAUCUUAUACCAUCCUAUAAAGGCAAAAGGUCUGCCAGUAGCCCCACCACUAUGAACAUUGACAGGAAGGAGAUUUCUAAGCGUGUCCGAAAGUCCGUGGACGAAGAGCUGGAAAAAUGUAGAAGACAGGUUGGAUUUAAUCAGACCUACGUAGAGCCAGAAAGUCCUGUCUCUGUAUCAGAGUCUGACUCCGAAUCUGGAGAAAUGCAUGAAUGUGACAUGGAUGACGAGGAAAAGAAACAGAUUGUCGAUAUAUUGUGGAGUGAUCCAGUGCCACAAGAUGGCUGCAAAUCUAAUACAGUCCGUGGAGGAGGGUGCUACUUUGGUCCUGAUGUGACAGAAAAAAUUCUACGGAAACAUGGGCUGCAGAUGUUAAUCCGCUCCCAUGAGUGCAAGCAAGAAGGUUAUGAGUUCUGCCACGGUGGAAAGGUGCUUACAAUAUUUUCUGCCUCAAAUUAUUAUGAAGUGGGAAGCAAUAAAGGAGCUUUUGUCAAACUUGGACCUGACCUUGUACCACACUUUGUGCAAUACCAAGCAAACAAGCUGACCAAUACCUUGACCUUGAGACAAAGAGUAAGUACAGUAGAGGAGUCUGCCCUCAGAGCCUUAAGAGAAAAGCUCUUUGCUCAUAAAUCCGAUUUAAUAAACACUUUCAGGAACUAUGACAAUAAUCAAACAGGCUACAUUACUUUAAAUGACUGGGCAAUCGUGUUGGAGUCUGUAUUAAAUUUGGGACUGCCAUGGCGAAUGCUGAGACCACAGCUUAUCCAUAGCUCUCCAGAGGGCCUGCUUAGAUACAGAGAAUGGUUUGAUGAACUUUCUGUAUGUCAGCCAGUCCAAGAGCAUUUACAUGAUAGUUUAUUGGAAGCACUUUACAGAAACAGGUCAGACUUGGAAACAAUAUUCAGAAUAAUAGACAGUGAUAGUUCAGGGCUUAUUUCCUUUGAGGAGUUCCAGCAUACAUGGAAACUGCUUAGCUCUCACUUAAAUAUAGAGGUCAGUGAUGAAGCCAUCAGUAAAAUGGCCAGGAGUAUCGACUUUAACAAGGAUGGAAAUAUUGACAUCAAUGAGUUUUUGGAAGCCUUUCGAUUGGUCGACAAGCCAAAUAUUGAGGACAAGGAAAUGUAGAGCAAAAUUCUACUCCAGAGCUGGAAAUUCAUUAGUUCUGAUCAAUGCCAAAUGAUGUGACGCACUUAUAUAUCUAGUAAUUUGGUACACUACGAAAGAUCUGGGUGUGAGCUUUCACUUCAACGGGUUGUGAACCAUGCAUUUGGCAGUUAACAAAAGCUGUUUACAAAGAAUGCAAAAUACAAAUUUUACUGUAUGUUAUUUGUUCCAUUUUGAAGUAAAGGUACUGAAUUACAGUUAUCUUUAUAUAAUGAAUGAGCUCAACGUCUUUAAAGUGCAGUUAACACACACACAAAAGAAAAGUAAUCAACAUACUGAUAUUUAACAUUUGCACUUUUGCAAUUUACAUUAUUUAUAUCUAUAUAUAUCUAUAUAUAUAUAUAUAUAUAAUAUCGCUGAAACCACUAAAUAUAUCAAAUGGAUGUAAAUUGCAAAAAAAUUGCAAAAGUAGGGAUGCACCGAAUCCAGGAUUCGGUUCGGGGUUCGGCCAG